CCUGUUUUCUUUCUCUCCUGGCUUGAGGUGGUGCUGAUCAGGGGUGAUGAAACAUCACAUCAACACCUUUAAAACCCUCAUGAGAAGGAUAAAGCUUCCUAGAGGGGAAGGUGCGGUUUCUGCCAAUAAAAGGGAGGGUGGAUCACCUCCUGGUCCAGUUCCCCGCUCGUUCGCUGGUGCUCCUGUAUCAACUGACCUGGUUCCAGCCAGCUCACUGACACCCCAAGUAUGAGCUACUCAUCGGACACCCUCUGCACACCAGGAGACCCGAGUCUCAAAAGCCAGGGUGCCCACACUGAGGUGCUGGAGCGAAUGGGGCACCUGACGCAGAGCAUCGAGGAGCACAUAGGGCAGCUGAGCACUGGGCACCAGCAGCUGGAGGCACACAGCCCUGGUCAGGGCCCUGGGGAGCAGGAAGCCCUCCUGAGCCACCAGAUGGGCCAGGUGGUCAGCCUCCUGCAGUCUGAGACUAAUGGCCUGCUCCCCCAUCCCCUGGACUCCAGGGUUGACAUCGGAGCUGGACAGCCAGGCCCGUUUACUAAGCCAACAAGUGAUUGUGAAACUACAUUGGUCAGCCAUGACUUGUCUAACCGUGGGAAUGACAUCUCCACAUUCUACCACACUCACUUCCGGAACUACAUUUUGUACCAUGAAGACAAGUACCAUGAGGACAAGAAUCCCUCGGGCUUCAUUAACCUUGCUACCUGUCAGAACAAACUCUGCACUGAUCUGAUAACUGAAAGGUUGAGUCGGGAGGAUAUGAACAUCAUCGAAGACACCUUGCUACAGUAUCCUGACUGGAGAGGGCAUCCAUUCCUUCGGGAAGAAGUGGCCCGGUUCCUGACCCACUACAGCAAAGCACCAGCCCAGCUUGAUCCGGAAAAUGUGGUCGUUCUAAAUGGCUGCUGCCCAGUCCUCUCUGCACUGGCCAUGGUUCUCUGUGAACCAGGGGAGGCCUUUCUGACCCCCGCCCCCUUCUACGGGACCUUCGUCUUUAGCACCAGCCUGUAUGCGAAAGUUGAGCUGAUUCACGUCUACCUGGACAGUGAGAUCACAGAAGGGAACACCCGUCCAUUCCAGCUCACUGUGGACAAGUUGGAGCACACCCUGCUGGAGGCUCAGCUGAAGGGGAAAAAGGUCAGAGGCCUUGUGCUGACCAACCCCCAGAAUCCUCUGGGCGAUGUCUACUCCCGAGACUCGCUGAUCGAAUACCUGGAAUUUGCCAAGAGGUACAACCUACAUGUGAUUGUAGAUGAAAUUUACAUGCUGUCUGUGUUUGAUGAAUCCACCACAUUCCACAGUGUCCUGAGCAUAAAAAGCUUGCCUGACCCAAAGAGGACUCAUGUGAUCUGGGGCACCAGUAAGUGUUUUGGCAUCUGUGGCUUCCGCUUCGGUGCUCUGUACACCCACAAUAAGGAGGUGGCUUCUGCCGUGAGCUCUUUUGGCUAUUUCCACAGCAUCUCUGGGAUCGCGCAACACAAGCUGUGUCGGCUGCUCCAGGACAGAGAAUGGAUCGACCAAGUGUACCUGCCCAUUAGCCACUCCCGGCUGCAGGUAGCUCACAGGUACAUCACUGACAAGUUGAAAGAAUUGCAGAUUCCCUAUCUCCACCGGGGUGCCGGCCUCUAUGUCUGGAUUAACUUGAAGAAGUACCUGGACCCGUGCACAUUUGAGCAAGAGCUGCUUCUUCUUCGCCGCUUCCUGGACAAGAAGGUGAUAGUGGGUACUGGCAAGUUCUUCCUGUGUAAGGAGCCUGGCUGGUUCCGCCUCGUGUUUGCCGAAAGGUAUCCUCAGCUAAAACUAGCUAUGGAUCGGUUCUGUCAGGUGCUGGCAGAGCAACAGCUGGAGAAGCAGCCGGAGGACACAAUGAGGAUGUGAGCAGUCUGCUUCCCUCCAGCACUACAGCCCUCCC